CAAAGUAGUUUCAUUUACCUACUUUUAUGUCCGCACGAGUCGCACUUUUCUUCAGUAGUGACUGCUAUCUACCGGAUAAACAUCUGAUAAGACUGAAACCGAAUCUACCUUUUUAGUUUAGUGAUUUUAUUUAAGUUUGCCAGUUUUCAGAUCAUGAAAAAAUUGUUCGGUCGAAAAAAAGUCAACUUACCGCCGCAGAUGAGUCCCACCGUGGCGCCAGCGUAUACUAUUGAACGCAACUCCGCUUAUUACCCAAUGAAUCAUAAGCACCGCGGCCAAGCAAUCAUAUUUGCACACACAACUUUCGAUAAGAACGUGAAAUUAAUCAACAGAGAUGGAAAUGAUGUGGAUUGCGACAUGCUGGAGAAAUCGCUCAAACGGUUGCGAUUUGACGUGACCCUGCACAAGGAUUCCCGCAUGGAUUUUAUCCUUAAAGAGAUGAAGAGAGGAUCCCUACUGGAACACAGCCUUCUCCUAGCUUAUAGAAAUUGUGGUCUACAGAAGACAGUUGACACUGUUUCCGAAAUGGAUCAUUCCAAGAGUGACUGCCUGCUGGUUGCUGUUCUUUCGCAUGGUGAGGAAGGUGAAGAAAUCUACGCAUAUGACAAACCCUAUCAGAUAUCGAGCCUUUGGACAUUCUUCACCGGAGACCAAUGCCGGACGCUUGCUGGAAAACCAAAAAUCUUCAUCAUUCAAGCAAGCCGAGGCAAUGCCAACGAUUUGGAUUUCGGCGUUAAAGUCGAAAAAGAUGGCGUAGACAGAUACAGUAUUCCAACGAAUGCCGAUUUCCUGUUCGCUAUGAUUCCGGACUUCAUGUCCUUCCGCAACACCAUAAACGGUUCCUUGUUCAUCCGCGAGCUGUGCAACGAGCUGAACGAAAAUGGACAACGAUUUGAUAUGUUAACUUUGUUGACUUUUGUGGUUCAAAAAGUGGCCUACGGUUAUGAAUCAUAUACUUCAGUCAAUCCAGAUCACCAUAUGAAGAAGGAAACUCCCUUUGUGGUAUCCAUGUUAACAAGACUAUUGCUGUUCAAUAAUGUGUAACUUAUUACUUGCACAAACACGACAAACAAACGAAUUCGCAUGACCAUAUAAAACCGGGUAACCGAUAACAAGAAAAACAUCGUACAUUUAAAAUUAUUUUUGAAUUGCGUUGAAUAUUGUUCUUCUAGUUAACAUUCCAAAGAUAAACGCAUCAGUCACCAAGAUUUUUAGUUUUAUAGCUCGCAGAACGCUAGCAAGAUUAAUUAUUAUUGUUUUAUUUAUUAUAAGUUUAAUAGUGUUAAACUGCUGUUUUUUUAAAUUUCGUCAAUAAAUGUUUUGUACGGAAUCAUCCCAAAGCUCAA